AUGUACUCUCAACGUCCUCUGUCUUAUGCGCCGACCCCAUACAGCUAUACCCCCAAUCCCGCUCGCUCAGCCUCAAUUAACCUUGAUGAAGAAGUCAAGCUAGCUUCCAGCUCGGCAGAGCGUGACUUGUAUGAAUCGCUAGCCGAAAUAUACAGCAUUGUUGUCACCCUCGACGGACUCGAGAAGGCAUACAUCAAAGACGUGGUUACCGAGGCAGAAUAUACCGAAACAUGCACACGUUUAUUAAAGCAAUACAAGUCCAGCCUUGGAGACGAGGCUGUGUCGCGGGAGUUUGUCGACCUGGAGACUUUCAAGCGUACGUGGGGUCUGGAGUGCCCAAGAGCAACAGAACGGCUACGCAUUGGCCUUCCUGCGACAGUCGAACAGGCUUCCCAUGGUGCUUCAGCUCCUAGCAUGGCGGCAACGACAGGACCCGCUGGCGCAUCAGGCAGUCUCAUUCUGGCGGCGACCGAAAACUUCAUUACCUUCCUUGAUGCUUUAAAGCUCAACAUGGUCUCCAAAGAUGCGCUUCAUCCUCUCUUGUCAGAGGUGAUUCAGUCUGUGAACAAAGUCACAGAUAGUGAUUUUGAAGACCGUGGGAAGAUCAUCCAAUGGUUGAUCGCAUUGAAUCAAAUGCGGGCUACCGAGGAACUGAGUGAAGAUCAGGCACGAGAACUUGCCUUUGAUAUCGAACAGGCUUAUCAAGGAUUCAAGGCGACUUUGAAUUAA